UGAAGUGGACACAUGUUAAGCGAGUACAUAAUGGAUGGUCUUCGCUUUCGCUAGUUUCCACUCUAUGAAUCUACAAUACAAUUGAUGGCCUGGUCUACACCUGUUCGUCUGAAAUGAAAUAUUCGGCUGGAUAGUAAAGAAUGCAUCCAUCCGCUUGUCAUCAAUCUAAUCAGUUGGUUUUGUCAUCCAUUAUGAGCAAACUUAUUUUAUGCGGGUUUAUUCUUUGUCUCCUGUCUUUUAAUGGGAUCAAUUCGACCUCACACACUUGCUCAAAGAACCCCGAGGAUACAUCAGCGUGCUCUCAAGAUGGCGAAAGUGAAAGCGGUUGUGGUUGUCAAAAGAACCGCGAAACGGAUUCAUCCAGUCGUGUGGAUGUCAAUGAGAACCAAUUAGAACCCGAGGCCUCCGAAGCCGACUCAAGUUCGGCCAACUUUGAUGCUGACUUCCCACGUACCAAUCAAAUGAUCUUGGUGGAAGGGGGUACCUACACCAUGGGGACUGACGUGCCCAUUUUUGUGGCCGAUGGAGAAGCCCCGGCACGUCGAGUGGAGCUACCCGACUUUUACAUGGACAUGCACGAGGUCUCUAACGCCGAAUUUGAAGUGUUUGUCGAAGACACCGAAUAUAAGACUGAAGCCGAAUCUUUCGGCGAUUCUUUCGCCAUGGAUUUGUUCUUGAGUCAAGCCACGAAAUCAAAAAUCUCUCAAGCGGUGAAAGACGCGCCAUGGUGGCUACCGGUAAAAGGAGCCAAUUGGCGCCAUCCUGAGGGCCCCGACUCUAAUAUCGAGAACCGAAUGAAUCAUCCCGUGAUCCAUGUAUCAUGGAAUGACGCCAAAGCCUAUUGCGAGUGGGCGGGGAAGCGUUUGCCCACCGAAGCGGAAUGGGAGUACGCUUGUCGAGCGGGCAAAGAUGAUCGUCUGUUUCCUUGGGGCAACAAAUGGAAUCCUGGCGGAAAGUACUAUGGAAAUAUAUGGACAGGCUCGUUCCCGAAUGAAAAUACCGGAGAAGAUGGCUAUCGAACCACAAAUCCGGUGACAGAGUUUCCACCCAACGCAUUUGAGCUCUUUAACAUGGUGGGUAAUGUAUGGGAGUGGACCUCGGAUUGGUGGACCAUUCGCCAUUCGCCCCUGGUCGUCCAUAGCAACCCCCAAGGCCCGAAAAACGGCAAGGAUAAGGUCAAGAAAGGCGGUUCAUUCAUGUGCCACAAAGACUACUGCUAUCGAUAUCGUUGUGCUGCUCGAAGUCAAAACACCCCUGAUUCUUCCGCUCAAAACCUGGGCUUCCGUUGUGCAGCUGACAAGAAGAAACUGCCGUCUUAUCUUGAGCAUAUCGAGUUGUAGCUCUAACAAAAAGUGCCAAAGCAAUGUCAAUAGUUUUUUUCUCGUCUAUAUUAAUGUGUUGUGCAAUUAGUUUUGAUCAUUACAAAAGCAUUUGUUUUAAUUUAAGCCAUUUUGGUAACUGGUUUCUUUUCCAUCCGUCUCUUUAG